GAAGGGUCUCAGCUCGGUUCAGUGGGAUUCACGGCUCUCUUUACGGUGACUAGGGGAAGGUUGGCAUUGCAGUCUGCCGUUGACACCUAAACCCUCGACGCCCACCUCACAGGCGGAUACCGGCCCGCGCCUGGUGUAUUUCGAGUCGACUCAAAAUACGGUGGAGAUCUAAGGUCUCGUUCGCGCACCUCGCGGGCGCAUAUCUGGCAGCACCUGCGCCCCAGACGCUCGAGCCAUGGCUCCGCCAAACACAGCGGGUCAGGAGUCGUCUCCCGCAGCGAAUCUGGGGGCAAUUUGGAGCGAUGGCGCGGGGAACGUGGAGCGGUGGGGGAAGGGGUUCUUAGAUCGGGAAAUUCUGGAGCGGUGGGGGGACGCUCGGGGCCAGGCGGAAGGGUUUAUGGGUGGGAGGGUUGACGGGUGGGGGAAGGGGGUUCGUGAUCGGCUCCGGAGCUUCGUUCCGCCUUCCUGGAACGCGGAGGAGCGCAGCACGCGAGCGGAAGGCGGAAGGCUGGCGCAAGGCGGAAGGGGGGCGGAAGGCGGAAGGCUGGCAGCGCCUGAGUGCGCAUCUGGGGACGGCGUGUCUGGGGACGGCAUCAUGCGGUUAGGACAGCGGUUAUCAAUGGCUGCAAGCCACCGGUUAGGGUUAGGAGGCCAUGGAGAGUGCGGAGAACGAAUUUUGAGGCGCCUCAAAAGUCAUGGAGAGUGCGGAGAAUCUAAGGCAGCGGCAGUGGCAGCGCACGUCGGAGCGAAACGGAUGCGGCUGCUCCUAUCGCGUCUGCCCCUAGCGCGUAUAGAGCCCCCUCCCGCUGUAGUAGUUUCCGCCACGGGAACCGGGGGAAUUCAGGACACCGAAUCGCACGGCGGAGGAAGCCAAUCGCGAGGAAGCCAACCCGUGUUGGCCACGUCACCUCAUCUUGCGGAUGGGCGGCAUGGCGGCGCGGCGGACGUGGACGGAGCUGGAAGCGGCUCGGUUGGGCGAGUAGGCAGCGGCGAGUCUAGCGUGCCAGCGUGGCAGGUGCCAUUGAGGGAAGCUUCGAGGAAGGUGGCAGAGCUCGGGCGAACAGUGAAGGGGCUGUGGAAGGGGAAAGAUGAUGAUGGCGCGGGGGCGGCAGAUGCGGGCAGGACAGGCCGAACGAAGGGCAGCCUGCCGUCGCUUGUGCAGGCGCCUGACGCAGAGGAGAGGCAGCUGGCAGCAGCACUGGCCAGUGGAAAGAGGGCCACCCUCAUUCAGUUCUACGCCCGCCGCUGCCGCCUCUGCCGGUCGCUCAGCCAGCUCACCGCUGAGCUGGCGCGACGCAACGCUGACUGGCUCAACGUGGUCCCAGCUGACGUGGAGAACAGCAGAUGGCUGCCCGAGGUGGGCCACUACAGCAUCAAGUACGUGCCGUGCUACGUGCUGCUGGAUGGGCGGGGCAGAGCCUUGGCUAAAACAGGGGAGCCAUACAGCCGCAAGCACGUGGUGAAGGGCCUGGCGUAUCUAGUGGAGAGCAUCCGACCUUACCGCCGCCUUGCUGCUGCUACUGCUGAGGAUACCAAACAGCAAGACGGGAAGGAGCAGCAGCAUGAGCAACAGUAGUAGCAGCGCUGGCCAAGGCAGGCGAGCCAUACAGCCGCAAGCACGUGGUGAAGGGCCUGGCGUAUCUAGUUGAGAGCAUCCGACCCUACCGCCGCCAGGCUGUUGCUGCAGUAGAUGCACCGGCACCUGAGGUGCAGCAGGAGGACGGGAAGGAGCAGGAGCAGCGGCAGUAGUAGUUGUUGUGAUUGCCAAGACGGGAGGCGUACAGCACUGCUGCUAUAGAUGCACCGGCACCUGAGGGGCAGGGGCAGGACGGGAGCAGGAACGCGUUGUGAACGAACAGCAUUAGCAGGAGCAGCAGCAGCAGCAGCAACGGUGGCAGGAGCAGCAGAGGAAGCAGCAGAGCGGGAACUGAGCACGUGUUCUCCUCUUGUUUGCCGAAUAGCUGAGCAUGGAUUGAGUUUCUAGGCUUUUAUUGAAUCAUUCCUAUUCACUAAUUGUGUACAGUUAUAUGCUUUGUUUCAGU